UGGCCAGAGGAGCAAGAUUUCAGGGCAAAUGCUAAGGCGUGUAAACAUUGUGGUUCUGCGGUCUGUAGCUGUUAGGUUUUGUGGUCCCUUUUGUUAGGGAUAUGUGGGCAACUUUUGGGGACCACCGUUGUUAUUGUAAGGCUUCAGUCACUUAUACUGUAUAACCACAAGCAUAUCUUCUUUCAAUGGUUACUGCCAGAGAAGUAAGCCCACAAGUCCACCUAGUUGUCUCUGAAUGCCUACAUAUUAGCCGAGACACAGUUGAGCAUAACUUUACUGACAGAAUAUGUAGCCUUUGUGCUGUGCACACAUAGCUUACAGAUUUUGCUGGAAAUAAGAUGCUAGUGUUAGCAUGAUUAUGAUUAUGAUAUCAAAAUGCAGAUCUAAAACACCAGAAACUGUGGGACAUCCGGCAGCCAUAAAAACCAAAACUAGACGCCCAAUCUUAAAGAGACUACUGCCUAUUGUGGAGACACCUGCGACACAGCAUGAAGCCGGGUAUGAGAAAGACGGCCUCUUUUUCGAUUCUCUUUCUCCCGAGCUCAAUGAUAUACUGGGUGUUCAUCGCGAAGUCAAAAUUCCUCAUCUACGUAUGCAGACAACGUUUCGUGCAAUAAUGACCUCAUAUGUUGUUAAAGAAGAGAGUCCAAUGCAAAGACGUUUUUUGGAUUCAAAAUCUCUGAAGUGGACUAAGGUUGGAGAGGGAUCGACUUGUACAGUGUGGCAAGUGUCCCUGCAAUCAGGCCAGUUUAUUGGUAUAAAGCGGAUAAUUGAUGAAAGACGACUACUCCCGAAAUACACGGAGCUGAAACAAAAUGCUGUGACAUUACUCAGUUUACGACACACCAAUUUGAUGAGCUACUUAGGGUUUGGCUAUGACACACACAGUGUCUGUAUGUGCGUGGAGUUCAUCCAGGGAGAAACUCUUCACAGCAUAAUCAACAGGUUUGGACCACUGCGUGAUGAGAAAUCCAGCCACUACACCAGACAAAUUGUACAAGGUCUUGAAUACCUCCACAACAAAACUAUAGCACACAGGAAUGUCAGGGCAGCCAAAGUGAUGGUGACGCCAAAAGAUGUGGCAAAACUGAUUGACCUUUUGUCUCUAAAGAUAGAAGUAUCCAGCCCUGCUAUUUUUCCACCUGAUGUGCACUUGAGUGCUCCAGAGACGGUUGACCCUACGCAAGUAGGUCCUGGUCCCAUCGAUUACAAGAAGUUAGAUAUUUGGAGUCUGGGCUGUACUGUUCAUGAAAUGGCUACCUCCUACCCUCCAUGGGCUAACUCAGGUUUCAAGUCAACCUUUGAUCUCCUGAACAAUAUUGUUCAGGGGAAUCCCAUUCCACCAUUACCAGACAGUGUUUCCACAGAAAUUACUUCCUUCAUUUUCAGAUGUCUAGUCUAUGACCCGGCAAAGAGACCUGGGGCCAGUGAACUGCUGGAAGAUGCCUUCCUUGCAGUAAAUUCGAAGCCAACUACAGAUGAAAGGGCCCAGGAGAUCAUUGAUGAGGCAAUGGAGUCGGGUAGUCUUCAGCAGAGGAAUGUGGUGGGACUCAUCACAGGUCUGAUGGGCUCAGGGAAGACCACUCUCCUGCACGAUCUCUUUGGCCUGGCACCUCCUGGCCUCUAUACCAGCACCGGUGUCGCUGAGCAGUCAUUUCGAGGCUUACUCCACCACAUCUUGCGUAUCUCAGCCGGAGUAUGGCGGCGUCUCUCUUACAGGGACAUUCGCGAAGUCCUUGCCUUCCUCAUGCAAGCCGGAAUGAAGGAAACGGAUAUCCAUUUCCUUGCUGCUUGUCUUAUGCGAGACAUCGAGCCAGUCGAAGAAACGUUAGACUCAUCUUCAACCAUCGCUGCACCUGCUUCAUCCAGCACAAAUCCUACUCUUUCUGUCCCUACUGCAUCUCUCCCUCAAGUAGAGAAGAGUCCAUCCUGCCAGAAAAUGAUCCCACUAGUCAAAUCGACGGCUCCAUCCCAUCCCACAGAAGAGCUCCUGUUGCUGGAGCUGGUCCACAUGAUAGACACUGGUGGUCAGCCUGAGCUGAUGGAAGUGAUGCCAUCUCUCAUCCACAAUGCCAACCUAGCACUGGUGCUAGUCAAUCUGCAAGUAUGGUCUCAAUGAACACCCACC